AUGUACGACGAAAAAGCAGCUGAACUUAAGGGCCCUAGUGGUAACUCGGUGGACACCGAAGCCUACAGCUACAGACAAGAGUCCUCCCCGGGCCAGACCAACUCCCGUCACUCUGGCUCUUCGUACGCCGACAGUGCAUACACUUACGAGACCAUCGAGGAAGGCAACGCCUUUUCCAGAUUCAUCGACUCGUUCAAGCCUAUCAACCUCGAGGAUGAAGGCUUCGACACCACCGGCAUGACCAUGGCCGAAAAGAGUAUUAUCGCCUCGGCCAGACACCCUUUGGCCAGAAGAUUGAAGUCCAGACAUUUGCAGAUGAUUGCCAUCGGUGGUUCCAUCGGUACUGGUUUGUUCGUGGGUAGUGGUUACGGUUUGGCUCUCGGUGGUCCCGGUGCCGUUCUUAUCGGUUACACCUUGAUUGGGUACUCGAUGUUGUGUGUUGUCAAUGCUUUGGGUGAGUUGUCCGUGCAAUUCCCAGUGUCUGGUUCGUUCAAUGCGUUUUUCACCCGUUUUGUCGACCCUUCCUUGGGUUUCACCUUCGGUAUUUUGUAUGCUUGUUCAUGGUUGAUUUCGUUUCCUUCCGAGUUGAUUGCGUGUGCAAUGACCGUCCAGUACUGGAACCAAAGCGUGGAUCCUGCCGUGUGGGUCGCGAUCUUCUACGUUGUUAUCGUUUCCAUCAAUUUCUUCGGUGUUAAGGGUUACGGUGAAGCCGAAUUCGUCCUUUCUGGAAUCAAAGUCAUUGCCGUUAUAGGUUUCAUCAUUUUGGGUAUCUGUAUCAUCUGUGGUGUUGGUGAUCAAGGUUACAUUGGUGGAAGAUACUGGCACAACCCUGGUGCUUUCAACCACGGUUUCAAGGGUGUGUGUAACAUGUUUAUCUCUGCUGCCUUCUCCUUCGGUGGUAUUGAAUUGGUUGCCCUUGCAGCAGCUGAAACCAAGAACCCAAGAAAGUCCUUGCCCAAGGCUACCAAGCAAGUUUUCUGGAGAGUCACCAUCUUCUACUUCUUGACUGCUAUCGUGAUUGGUUGUCUCGUUCCAUACACCAACGAAGACUUGUUGACCGGAGACGGUAUUGCUGCUUCUCCUUUCGUCAUUGCCAUUCAAUUGAACGGUAUCAAGGUCGUCCCACACAUUAUGAACGCUGUUGUUCUUAUUGCUGUCGUUUCCGUUGGUAACUCCUCUGUUUACGGUUGUUCCAGAACCUUAGCCUCUCUUGCUGUCCAAGGUUUGAUUCCAGGUAUUUUCGGUUACAUUGACAGAGCCGGAAGACCAAUGGUUGCUAUCAUGUUCACCAACAUGAUUGGUUUGUUGGGUUUCUUGGUUAAGGCCAGUGCUGAAGGUGAAGUGUUCACCUGGUUCUUCUCCGUUUGUUCCUUGUCCUCUUUCUUCACCUGGUGUGCCAUUUGUUUCACUCACUUGAGAUGGAGAUGGGCUCUCAGUGCCCAAGGUAGAUCCUUGGACGAAGUCAUUUUCGUUUCCCCAUUGGGUACUUUUGGUGAUUACACUGGUAUUGCCAUUUUGCUCUUUGUUGUUGGUGGUGAAAUCUGGGUCUCUCUCUUCCCAAUAGGUGCCGCCUCAGCCGAUAACAUGCAAUUCUGGAAGAACUGUCUUUCUUUGCCAUUGAUGGUAGUCAUGAUUGUUGCUCACAAGACCAUCUUCGGCAGCUGGAGACAAAUUAUGGUCAAGUUGACUGAUAUUGAUUUGGACACUGGUAGAAGAGAAAUCGAUGUCGAAACAUUGAAGCAAGAAAUUGCUGAUGAAAAGCAGGCCUUGGCUGACAGCCCUUUCUGGUACAGAUUCUACAGAUUCUGGUGUUAA